AUGACGAGUAUGCGAAAAUUCUUCGCCGCCUACGAUGCGCGUCAGAAAGUGCUCGCGUCCAGCACCAACCCUUUCGCCAAAGGUGUCGCGUGGGUGGAUGGAGAAUUAGUUCCUCUGCAAGAGGCGCGCAUCCCCAUCCUCGACCAAGGAUUCAUGCAUAGCGACCUUACAUACGAUGUCCCUUCCGUCUGGGACGGCCGUUUCUUCCGCCUCGACGACCACAUCACCCGAUUGGAGGCAAGCUGCGACAAGCUGCGCCUGAAGCUGCCGCUGCCCCGCGAGGAAGUGAAGCGCAUCCUCGUGGAGAUGGUCGCCAAGAGUGGAAUCCGCGAUGCCUUCGUCGAGAUUAUCGUCACCCGUGGUCUCAAGGGUGUUCGUGGCACCGAUCCGAAGGACAUUCUUAACCGCAUCUAUAUGUUCAUCCAGCCAUACGUCUGGGUGAUGGAACCCGAAGUACAGCCGGUCGGUGGUAGCGCGAUCAUUGCGCGCACUGUUCGUCGGGUUCCUCCAGGCUCGAUUGACCCAACUGUCAAGAACUUGCAAUGGGGUGACUUGACUCGCGGUCUCUUCGAGGCUGCCGAUCGGGGCGCCACAUAUCCCUUCUUGACUGAUGGUGACACCAACCUCACUGAGGGAUCCGGCUUCAAUAUCGUUCUUGUGAAGGACGGCGUGCUAUACACUCCCCAGCGCGGUGUUCUUGAGGGCCUUACGCGCAAGAGUGUGAUUGACGUUGCGCGAAGCAACGGGCUGGAGAUCCGAGUGGAGCCCGUGCCUGUGCAGAAGGCCUACGAUGCAGACGAGAUCUUCAUGUGUACUACCGCGGGUGGUAUCAUGCCCAUUACCAGCCUGGACGGCAAGCCUGUGAACGGUGGCCAGCUGGGUCCGAUCACCAAGGAGAUCUGGGACGGAUACUGGGCAAUCCAUUAUGACGAUUUGUAUAGCUUCGAGAUCGACUACAAGGAUGGUCAGAAGAACACCGCCGAUGGGUCUUAUUAA